UCUGGACUGCAGUUCCGAGUCUGAGGCCUCCAUGGCCUCCUUCUCCGUCCUCAUGAAGGGUCCCCGGGGGCAGAGGCUGGGGUGGUGGCGACGUCUAUCUGAUGGUCGCCGCUGCCUCAGAGCUGCAGCAAUUCCACCAUGUCACUGUUGUCUCCCCUCGGCCACCAGAGCUUCUCGUUUGACGAUAAACAUGGUGACGGAGAGGAUGACGAAGAUGUGGACGAAGAUGCCCAUGACGUAGAGGCCGAGGUGUUGAGCCUGAGAGGAACGGAGUUACCAGGGCGCGCCAGCAGUAAAGUUGAAUCAGAAGAUAACCAAGAAGAACAGAAACGGGUCCACUUAGGAGAAAGCAGCCUGACACCAUGGGAGGUGUGGUUUGUUGGCAAAGAAAAAGAAGAAAGUGACCGACUACAACAGAAAACUCUAGAGGAAUUAAACCACAACUAGAAAAAAGAAAAAAAUUGAAGAACGUGAAAAAAGAAAGAAAAUUGCUGAAGAAAAGCACAAGGAAUGGGUUCAGAAAAAGAAUGAACAGGUGAAAAGGAAAAAAAUGCAUACACAUAUCCUAACAUCUCUUUUCAAAGUCUUUCUUCCAAUUAGUCCUUAGCUAGGUUUUUCUUAUAUUUCUCUUAGUUUCUUUCUUCUUUGGGGUUUUGCUUUUGUUUUUUACCCCUACCCUCAUGAAUAUUUAUCAAGUCUCUUGUCUUCUGCCCUUUGCCCUUUACUCUUCUUUUGUUUUUGGUACUAAGGAUUGAUCCCAGGCAUGAUUUACCACUGAACUACAUCUCUGCCCUUUUUAUUUUGUUUUGAAACAGGGUCUCACUAAGUUGCUGAGACUGUCUCUAACUUGCCAUCCUCCUGCCUUAGUCCCCUUGAGUCACUGGGAUUAAAGGCAUGCACUACAGAGCCUGGAUGCCCUCUAAUUGUGUUCUUUUCUGUCCCUGUGAACUCUACUAGUGUCUGCCUGCAUUCAGCAAUUCUAAAUAUUUUUAAAAUAUUUUUAGUUGUAUAUGGACACAAUACCUUUAUUGUAUUUAUUUAUUUUUAUGUGGUGCUUAAGAUGGAACCCAGCACCUCACAUGUGCUAGGCAAGUGCUCUACCACUGAGCUACAAUGCUAGCCCCACCAAGUCUGAAUCUUUAGACUUGAAUUUUUUGAGUCUUGGAUUUCUAUCCAUUAGAUCAGCAGGCAACUCCAAAUGUGUACACCUAAAAAAAUACCUUUGCCCCAUUCCUCUUCAUAGACUUUUUCCUAUUAUUCCUUUAUUCCUAUUACUUCUACUGUGUCUUCAGUCACUUAAUAAUAAUAAUAAUUCUGUUGCUCCAAAACAUCCCUUCCUUUACUAUAUAUAUAAUUGCUGCUUCUAUUUUAUUUUCUGAAUGGUCUCAUUACUUCCUUCAACUUUAUUGUUUACUUCUCCACACUAGGAUAUAAGUUCUUAUAAGAUCAGGAAUUUUGCUUCUGUUUUUCAGUUCUCCAACAGCUUAUCCAUUACCACACAUUAGAGGUACCCAGGAAUAUUUGUUAAAUGAAUAAACCCUUCCUGUAUGUCUCCGCCAGAUUAAUCUUUGCUGAAUAGAUCUGACUGUUAUUCCUUAUGUCUAAAAAUGUUUUUCAUGUGCCAAACCUGUACUGUCUUCUGACUGAGAUUUUAAAACUCAAGACUGACUGGUUAAAGAGUCUCCACUCUAUUCCCUGAGCCAAAGUAGCAUUUCAGGCAUGUCUACCAUCUAUUUUCUCUUUAUUCUAUGCUGAUUCUUUUUACAGGGAUUAUUUAGGGAACUCACACAAGAUAAUCACAGCCACCCCCAAUCUUCUUGGAGUAUUAGUUUUACUGGAAAUUUUUUGAGAGGAAAAUGUUAUAUUUUUAUAAUAAAGCAAACAUAGGUAUAUAAAGAAGUAGACUGUAAGUUUUAUUUUUAUUUUAUUUUUCAAAGUGUUGAUCAAACCCAGGGCCUUGCAUAUACUAAGAGAGCACCAAAUUUUUUACAUUAUUUUUAAGAUGCAAAUAAAUUUCCUAGAAAUCUUGAGCUUUUGGCUGUACUGCCCAGGACUCAAGAGUAUGUAUUCUUGAGAAAUUUUGAGAAUACUUAUCUUGUUAGUAUUUUUCAUUUCCUAAUUUUUACAUAUGGUAUUUUAUCAGGAUGAAAUCUCAUCAUAUUCUCUGUUCUACUUUUCCAUUUGUCAUCUAACUCAGAUUACUUCCUACAUGCAGAUUGGCUGUUCACAUGUUAGAGAUUCUUUCCUGUGAAUCUUUUUUCAAUUUAUAUUAACUUUUAUAGCACUUUAUCAUAUGGUGCUUUGUAUUUUCUGUAUGUUUUAUAAAAAAGAAAAAAAAUGGCUGUUUUGUAGUAUGUACAUCCCUUUGCUUUCCUUGUAAUUUUAAGAUCCUUAAGAACAAGAAUUCUUUUUUAUAUUAUUUUUUAUCCAUUACAAGGUUUAUAAUUCUUUGUAUAUAGUAAGCAUUUGUUAAUUGAAUGAGUCAAUGAAUUUUCUUUUUUCUUUUUCUUUUUUGCAGUGCUGGGGAUCAAACCUAGGGUUUCACUCAUGCUGGGUUUUACCACUGAGCUAUAUUCCUAUUCUUCCUUUCAAUUUUUGUUGUUAUUAUUAUUAUUAUUAUUAUUAUUAUUACUUUUUAAUUUAUGGUGCUAAUUGAACCCAUGGCCUUAAGCAUGUUAGGCUAGCAUGCAACCAUUGAGCUAUCCUUCAUAUCCCUACUUUCAAUUUUAAUACAUUCUUAUGUUGGAUCACACAUUAGAAUUUUUUUUUAAAAAGGUCUUUAUUUUGUUUAUUUAUUUUUAUAUGGUGCUGAGGAUCUAACCCAGUGCCUCACAUGUACAAGGCAAGUGCUCCGCCACUGAGCCACAACCCCAGCCUGAUACAUUAGAAAUUUUAAAAUAACUGGGCAUAGUGGCACAUGCCUGUUGACUCCAACUACUUUAGAAGCUGAGAUGGGAGAAUCACAAAGUUGAGGCCAGUCUGGUGAAUUUUCUGAGACCCUGACUCAAAAUGAAAUGAAAAAAGGUCUAGGGUAGGGUGUAGCUCUGUGAUAGACUGCUUAUCUAGCAUGCACGAGGGCUUGAGUGGAAUCCCUAAUACUGCCCCCCAACCCCCAUUUAAAAAAUAUUAUGCUAUCACUUUGUUUAUAUUGUGAUUUUGUAUGUUUAGAAUUGAUUUUAUUAUUAAAAUAUAACUAUGAAUUUAGAUAAAUGCUCAAAUUAUAGGACAAAGUUUUAAAUUUUUAAUUAUAGUUUUUGUCCUUACCUAUUGUUGAAUCUGAUGCCAAGUGAUAUUAUUAUGAGUAUCAAAUAAUUUCAGUAAGUUGAAGAUAACAUAAUCUUCAUCAUCCAGGCAUUAGAAGAAGGAAAUUGGUUAGAGAGGUGUCUGUGUGUAUGUGUGUGUGUAUUAUAACCAUAAAAGUAUUUGAUCCUUACUUGGAUUGUGUUUGUUUAGAAAUCAAUUACUAUGGAUUGUGUUUGUUUACUUCAUUCCCAAAAGAGUACUUUGAAUAAAUGUCACAAUCAAAAUAAGUCUAUAUGACCAUUACAAAAUUUUGGUUGACACCUUUUUGAAGUUUAUAUAAAAAUAGUUCUCCAUGUAUGAUGUGCUCUCUCCUCUAGAAGCUUCUCUUAUCUUCUAACUUCAUUAAGCUAAUUUUACCAUGCCAAUCAAACAUAAUUGUUUUUCCUAAGAAUGUAAGAUGCUUCUGAGGGAUAUAUGAUAUAUAUUCACUGUUUUAGUUAGUGGUAGUAGACCUAAUCCAAUUAUUUUUGAGGAAAAAAAUCUUUUGGGAGUAAGUGGCUUGCCAUGACAUAAAUCACUAAUUAUUGAAAGCAAGAUUCCAUAAGGUAGAAAAUGAUUCAGAGAUAAACCCUGAAAAAUUAAUUUACCUAUUCUGCAGCAUUCUUGUGCAUGUUACAGAAUAAUUGAUCCCUCCUUUUUUUUUUCUUAAAAACUAUCAGAUUUCUUAUUCAGCCUUAGUUACAUUUACCUGUAUUUGUAAAGACUGUUCUCCUGGUUCUUCUCUUCCUGUCUGGCAUCUAGCUUUCUGUUUACAUUUCAUGGUGUGUGGUCCUCUGCUGCCUCCAGCUUCAUUUUAGUUGUAUCUUGGGCUGCUAUUUUCUCUAAGUCAUUUUCACUGUGUUUUAUCAAAAAAUCAGACAAAAUAAUUUAUGUAUACAUUAGUAAGAUUGCUUUCUUCUAAUAUGACUAUAAAUUGUGAAAUUCUUUUAAAACAAAUAUCUUAUCUCAUUGAGUACACUUAAUAUUUGU